AUGUUCUUUCCCCAGUCCUGUUCAAAGAAUGAAAUAGAUCAAAUAUAAGAGGAUUACAUAAUUAAAUAUCCUAUAUUAAAUAGCAAAAUUGUAGAUUUUGAUACCAUGGAGACUGUCUGGCACAAAGCAUUUUUUGAAUAUUUAAUGACUAAUCCUGAAGAUUCUUCAAUUUUAAUUACAUCAUAAUUAAACACUUCAAAAAAUGAAAAAGAAAAAACUACACAGAUAAUGUUUGAAACUUUCAAUAUAUCGAAAUUCAUAAUCUAAAUAUAAUCAAUUCUAUCAUUAUUUUCCAGUGGAAAAACAACAGGAUUUGUUGUUGACUCAGGUAAUGAUACUACUUAUUUUGUACCUAUUUAUGAAGGAUAUAAAUUAGAUAUUAAAGAUAAUUUCUGUAAUAUUGCCGGUAAAUCCUGUUCAACUUACUUAAAUCAUUUAAUUACACAGUCAAAUUAGAAAAGAGUAGGAAAUUUAGAAAUUCUUGAUUAUAUAAAAGAAAAGUAUUGCUACAUUACUUUAGAUAAAGAAUAAGAAUUACAGAAACAGUAGUAGAAUCUAAUUCAGGCAAUUAGUUAUGAUUUGCCCGAUGGUUCUCAUUUAAAAUUAGAUAUUUAAAUCUUCUUAGCACCUGAGAUAAUGUUCAAUCCUAAAUUGUAUGACAAUUCUAGUAUUUUUGGAUUUCAUUAGUUAGCCUUGAAUAGUAUAGGGUAAUGUGAUUCAGAUUUGAGAAUAUAAUUGCUUAAACAUACGAUGAUAUCUGGAGGCAAUUCUCUAAUUCGUGGAUUCUCAGAACGAUUUCACUAUGAAUUUAGCAAAAUUAAUAAUUACAGAUAUUCUUAACAACUGAAUUUCAUAAAAAGUGAAAAAUUCUCUGUUUGGAUUGGAGGAUGUAUUAUGACUAAUUUGGCUUAAAUUUCAAGUGAUUGGAUAUCUAGAAAUGAUUAUGAUGAAUAUGGGCCAAAUAUAGUAUAAAGAAAGUGCUUUUGA